AUGGGGGGAAACCAAUCGGUCCCAAAGAUAACUGCCCAGGAUCGCGCAAUACUAGAUCUCAAAUUGCAGCGAGAUAAAGUAAAGCAAUACCAGAAACAGAUUCAGUCGGUCUUGGAUCGUGAACAAGCUAUCGCCAAGUCAUUCCUCGCAGCUGGUCAGAAAGACAGAGCUCUCACAGCACUGCGGAGACGAAAAUAUCAACAAAGUCUCUUGGUCAAGACAGACGGUCAGCUUGAGAAUUUGGAACAAUUAGUGUCGAGUAUAGAAUUUUCAUUGAUUGAAGUUUCUGUCCUGCACGGGUUGAAACAAGGGAAUGAAGUGUUAAAAGAGAUUCACAAGGAGAUGAAUAUUGAAUCCGUGGAGAGACUUUUGGAGGAGACAGCAGAGGCUCGAGAGUACCAGAGGGAAAUCGACGACAUGCUUGCCAAUAAUCUCACACUGGAGGAUGAAGAAGUUGUUCAAGCAGAGUUACUCGCACUCCAGGCCGACCAACUCAAAGCACCAGUCAAGGUACCGGAACAAGAACAGAAAGAGGCAAACAAACUCCCUUCUGUUCCUACGACCGAACCGCAUUCGACAGAGCCGGCAAAGGAAGAACGGAUUACUAUACCCGCAUAA